AUGGGCUCAACCGGUCGUCAUCAGCCAGUCCGAGUGGCCGCGGCCUCUGGAUCUGUUACAGAUCUAGUUGAAAACUUGACCGAUUUAGCCAAGAACGCCGAGGUCGAUUUUAUCGUUGGAGAUUGGAUGUCAGAAUACAACAUGACAAUCCGAGGCAGCGCCAAGGUCGCGAAUGUAGGAACGCCAGAUGCCGAACCAGCGUUUGAGCACACGUUUAUGGACGCUCUCGAGCCUGCAGUGGCAGAUCUUGCUCGUCGAGGUAUAAAGUUGGCCGUCAAUGCGGGAUCAUCGGAUACCGAGAAGCUAUACAACACGGUCAAUGACUUGGUCAAGAGCAAAGGUCUGAAUCUGACAGUUGCAUGGGUUGAAGGCGAUGAAGUUUUCGACGUCCUACAGCGGUGCAAAACAAAAGGUCACCAAUUCCGGAAUAUCACAACAGGGCAGAAUCUCGAUGACUGGCCCUUUGAGCCCAUAUAUGCCCAAUGCUAUCUAGGCUCUUGGGGUAUAACCGAGGCGUUUCGACAUGGAGCAGAUAUUGUUGUAUGUGGAAGAGUCGCUGAUGCAGCCCCAACUAUGGCGGCAGCCGCAUUCUGGCAUGGCUGGGGUCGGACUUCAUACCGAGAGCUGGCACACAGUCUAAUUGCAGGCCAUUUCAUUGAGUGUUCAUGCUACGUGACUGGAGGCAACUUUACUGGAUUCAAGUCUUUACCGCAGGGUAUUUCGCCGUUAUUGAAUCUUCCAGUAGCAACAAUAAACUCCGAUGGAACUUUCUUCGUGGGUUUGCAUAAAACUCCUGGCCGAAGUGGUCAAGUGUCGGUAGACACAUGCCGAUCCCAGUUGCUCUAUGAAAUCCAAGGGAAAAGAUACUAUAAUUCCGAUAUCGUUGCAAUCAUAGAUCAGAUCAAGCUGGAGAAAAGCGGACUAGAUUCUGUGUAUGUCAGUAACAUCGGAUUUGAAAAGCCUCCAGCAACAACCAAAGUCGGUAUCACGGCCAAGGGUGGGUUUCAGGCCGAAGUUCACUAUUUUGUCGUUGGUCUAGAUGCAGUCGAGAAGGUCAAAUUACUCGAGCGCCAAUUACGACAUUACCUCGACACGGACAAGUUGACUCUGCUCAAAUUCACCACGUCUGGAGGUUCAAGUCCGAACCCGAAUUCCCAAGACGAAGCCACGCUGGAUGUCAGAAUCUUCGCCCAAGCUCCAACAGAAGAAGCUUUGUCACCAAAGAAUUUUGCCAGACCUUGCUGGAACAUUGUGAUGAUGACGUAUCCCGGAGCAACAUUUGCAGUUGAUGCGCGACAAGGCGUGCCUAAGCCAUAUCUUGAGUACUUUGUCACAACGCUCCCUCUAUCCCAUGUCAACCAUGUCACCAAUUUGCCGUCUAUGAAUAAGUCUAUUUCAAUCUCUCCGCCUACAGAUACAGUUCCGUAUGUCUUUGAGCAAGAAAUUCAGGAACCUACCGAUGUCAAACCUCUCCAUGCCUUUGGCCCAUCUAUCACGGCACCUCUGGGGUACAUUGUUCACGCUCGUUCGGGAGACAAGGGUUCAGACUGCAACGUCGGUUUCUACGUUCGACAUGCAGAUGAAUACCCGUGGCUUCGGUCUCUGCUGUCCGUCGAGCGAAUGAAAGAGCUGCUUCAGAAGGAUUAUAACGGGAAAAGAAUCGAACGGUUCGAGCUACCCAAUAUCCACGCUGUGCAUUUUCUGCUCAAAGAUCAUCUAGACCGAGGAGUUGCGAGCAGCUCAACGUAUGAUGUGCUAGGGAAGAACGUGGCUGAAUAUUUGCGGGCUAAACAUGUGCAGAUCCCAGAGGCGUUCCUUGCCCGAGGAAAGAUCUGA